AUGAAGACUUCGGCUUUCCGAAUCGCUCAAGGCGCCGCUGCAGGCCUUCAAAAGCGAGCCUAUACUCAGGCUACCACCCCAAGGCAUCUUAUGACCAUUGCUGAUCUCACUCCUACUGAGUUUGCGAACCUCGUUCGUGAUGCCAACACUCGAAAAAUCGCUGUCAAAGGCGGGGCUCCUGCUAGCUACUUGAAUGCUGGUCUUGCUGGCAAAGCUGUAGCUAUGAUGUUCAGCAAGCGCAGCACUCGUACCCGAGUUUCUACUGAAGCCGCUGUGACAAUGCUUGGUGGCCACCCCAUGUUCCUUGGCAAGGAUGACAUCCAGCUGGGUGUGAACGAAUCUCUCUAUGACACCUCAAAAGUCAUCUCUUCCAUGACUUCCUGCAUGGUUGCCCGAGUCGGACGUCACUCUGAUGUCGCUGAUCUGGCUAAGCACUCAAGUGUUCCUGUUAUCAAUGCUCUCUCUGACGACUUCCAUCCUCUCCAAACAAUUGCCGACUUCCUCACGCUCCACGAGACUUACCCCUCGGCAAACGCAAAGGGAGCUACUCUAGGCCUCAAUGGCCUCAAGGUUGCCUGGGUCGGCGAUGCCAACAACGUUCUUUUCGACCUGGCCAUUGGCUGCGUUAAGAUGGGUGUCGAUAUCUCAGUCGCUUCUCCUGAGGGAUACGAGAUCCCCGAUGCUAUGAGGCAGCUCAUCGUCUCCGCCGGCGACGGUGUUUCCUCCCCUGGCAAGCUCAUUGAGACUAAUGUCCCUGAGGAGGCUGUUAAGGACGCUGAUGUUCUUGUCACCGACACAUGGGUUUCGAUGGGACAGGAAGCCGACACUCAGAAGCGCCUGAGGGACUUUGCUGGAUUCCAAAUCUCUGACGAUCUUGCUAAGCGAGGAGGUGCUAAGGCUGAUUGGAAGUUCAUGCACUGCUUGCCUCGACACCCUGAGGAGGUGACCGAUGAGGUAUUCUACAGCCCUCGAUCUCUGGUUUUCCCCGAAGCCGAGAACCGCCUUUGGGCUGCUGUUUCCGCCCUCGAAGGCUUUGUUGUCAACAAGGCACGGGAUGAAGACGGAGCAUUGGCGUAUGUGUAA